AUGAAGCGCAUUACGCUUUUGCUGUCCUCUGUUCUUCUCCUUCUUCAGAUCUCUGCAACCUCUGCUUCUUCUAUCUAUGAAAACUUCGUUCAAUGCCUCAACACCCACCCAAACUCCUCAGCCUCCCAAAUAGUCGUGCCCCAAAGCAACCCAUCUUUCACUUCAACACUCAGAGCCUACAUCCGCAACUCUCGCUUCAACACCACCACUACUCCAAAACCAGUCCUCAUCCUCACGCCCACAGCCGAGCCCCACGUCCAGGCCUCCGUCCUCUGCGCCAAGAAACUCGGCGUCCAGCUCAAGAUCCGAAGCGGCGGCCACGACUUCGAGGGCAUCUCGUAUGUCUCAUCUGAACAGAGUUUCAUAGUCCUUGAUAUGUUCCACCUCCGGUCAAUCAAUGUCAACGUCGGAGACAGCUCCGUCUGGGCCCAGGCCGGCGCAACUCUCGGGGAACUCUACCACAGAAUUUCCCAGAACAGUAAACUGCUGGCCUUUCCUGCCGGAAUUUGUCCCACGGUCGGUGUCGGUGGUCAUAUCAGCGGCGGCGGUUAUGGAAACUUGCUGAGAAAGUACGGCCUCGCAGUCGAUAAUGUAUUGGAUGCUUUAAUUGUUGAUGUGCAUGGAAAGCUUCUAGACCGAAAAGCAAUGGGGGAGGAUUUGUUCUGGGCCAUCAGAGGCGGCGGUGGAGGAAGUUUUGGAGUGAUCGUGUCGUACAAGUUGAGGUUGGUUCCGGUGCCGGAAACCGUCACUGUUUUUAGGGUAAUGAGUUACACGGAGAGUAAUGCCACCGACGUCGUUUUGAGGUGGCAGAAGGUGGCUCCGACUACUGUCGAUGAUUUAUGGAUGAGGAUGUUGUUGCAGCCAGUGAGCUCUCCAACGAAGAAGGGUAAGAAAACUGUUCGGAUCUCCAUUUUGGCACAGUUUUUAGGGAAUGCUAAUCAGUUAGUUUCUAUUUUGGGUAAGGAGUUUCCUGAAUUGGGUUUAAAGAAAGAGGAUUGUUUGGAAAUGAGUUGGAUUGAGUCUGUGGUUUGGUGGAACGAUGGUUCCACUCCCAAUGUGGCCAAGCCGGAGGUGUUGCUUAAUCGAAACCUCAACCAUGCGAAUUUCUUGAAGAGGAAGUCAGAUUAUGUCCAGACACCGAUUUCUCGACAGGGUUUGGAGGCAUUGUGGAGGAAGUUGAUAGAAGUUGGGAAGACCGGCUUGGUGUUCAAUCCUUAUGGAGGGAAAAUGGCUCGGAUUCCGGCAUACAGUGCGCCUUUUCCUCAUCGAGCUGGAAACUUGUUCAAGAUUCAGUACUCGGUGGGGUGGAAUAUUGCAGGAGAGGAAGCAGCUAAUGAGUAUCUGAACCAAACGAGGGUGUUGUAUAGUUUCAUGACACAAUUUGUGUCUAAGAACCCAAGGAGUGCUUUCUUGAACUAUAGGGACCUCGACAUUGGGGUGAACACAUUUGGGAAAAAUAGCUAUGAACAAGGGAAAGUGUAUGGAUUGAAGUACUUCAACCGCAAUUUCGAUAGGUUGGUGAAAGUGAAGGCCGCUGUUGAUCCAGAAAACUUCUUCAGGAAUGAGCAGAGUGUCCCACUUUCUCCAAGUAAGGCAUAAGAAACUUCUACAGAUUCUGAUCACCUCAAAAUCUCAAUACAUUAUUGGCCAAAUAAUUUCCAACUUGUUGCUUUCCAGAAAGAAUUGUGGACUAGUAGACAUGCAGUUGCAUUAUGGGUGAAUGUCUUAAAAUUUGGAUUGACGCCAA